AUGUCUUCCUCAUCAAGACAGACGUAUAGCGUGCGCGCAAAGAACCACCCCAAUCACCUCGUUCGCAAACUGUUCGAAGUUGCCGAAGCAAAAAAGACCAACGUGACUGUCUCCGCCGAUGUCACGACCACGAAGGAGCUUCUUGAUCUCGCGGACCGACUCGGUCCACACAUCGCCGUGAUCAAAACCCAUAUCGACAUUCUAUCCGACUUUAGCGAAGAGACUACAAAGGGCCUUGCUCAGCUGGCCGAGAAGCACAAUUUCCUCAUAUUCGAAGACCGCAAGUUCAUCGACAUUGGCAACACUGUUCAGAAGCAGUACCACGGUGGUGUACUACGGAUAUCGGAAUGGGCUCAUAUCAUAAACUGCAGCAUCUUGCCCGGCGAGGGCAUUGUGCAGGCUCUGGCGCAGACGGCUGCCGCGGAGGAUUUCCCGUAUGGCCGCGAGCGCGGACUGCUCAUUCUGGCCGAGAUGACUUCCAAGGGCUCACUGGCAACGGGUGCGUACACAACCAGAUCGGUGGACUAUGCGCGCCGCUAUAAGGAAUUCGUCAUGGGAUUUGUGUGUAACAGGUCGUUGACGGAUGAGCCCACCACCGAGACAACGAAGAGCGAAGAUGAAGACUUUGUGGUAUUCACCACGGGUGUCAACCUGUCCUCAUCCGGUGAUAAACUAGGCCAACAAUAUCAGACACCGCAGUCGGCAGUGGCUCGGGGCGCGGAUUUCAUCAUUGCUGGACGAGGGAUCUAUGCUGCGCCGGACCCGGUUGAAGCAGCCAAGCAAUACCAGAAGCAAGGAUGGGAAGCUUAUCUUUCCAGAGUUGGCUCGCAGUAG